AUAAUUUUUAUUACAUCAAAUUUAAAUGGUUUUGUACAAACAAAAACAAUGCAACCAAAAUCAGAAGGGAAGCAACAAAUUGGGAAACAAUCUUCAUAAAAAACCUCUGACAAAGGUCUAAUCACUCAAAUUUACAGAGUUAAACCAAUUGUACAAAAAAAUCAAGCCAUUUUCCAAUUAAUAAAUGGGCAAAGGACAUGAAUAGGCAAUUUUCAGUUAGAGAAAACAAAACUAUUAAUACGCACAUGAAAAAAUGGUCUACAUCUCUUAUAAUCAGAAAGAUGCAAAUCAAAACACCUCUGAGGUAUCACCUCACACCUAGCAGAUUGGCUAACAUGACAGCAAAGGAAAGUAAUGAAUGCUGGAGGGGAUGUGGUAAAGUCGGACAUUAAUGUUUUGCUGGUGGAGUUGUGAAUUGAUCCAACCAUUCUGGAGGGCAAUUUGGAACUACGCCCAAAGGGUGUUAAAGACUGUCUGCCCUUUGAUCCAGCCAUAGCACUGCUGGGUUUGUGCCCCAAAGAGAUAAGGAAAAAAAAAAUGUACAAGAAUAUUCUUAGCUGCGCUCUUUGUGGUGGCCAAAAAUUGGAAAAUGAGGGGAUGCCCUUCAAUUGGGGAAUGGCUGAACAAAUUGUGAUAUAUGUUGGUGAUGGAAAACUAUUGUGCUAAGUGGAAUGUCUGCCCUUUGAUCCAGCCAUAGCAUUGCUGGGUUUGUACCCCCAAAGAGAUAAUGAGGAAAAAGACUUGAACAAGAAUAUUCAUAGCUGUGCAGUUUGUGGUGACAAAAAAUUGGAAAAUGAGGGGCUGCCCUUCAACUGGGGAAUGGCUGAACACACUGUGAUAUCUGUUGGUGAUGGAAUACUAUUGGGGUCAAAGGAAUGAUGAACUGGAGGGAUUCCAUGUGAACUGGGACGACCUCCAGGAACAUUGUACACAGGGACUGAUACACUGUGGUACAAUCAAAUGUAAUGGACUUCUCCAUUAGUGGCAGUGCAGUGAUCCUGAACAACCUGGAGGGAUCUAUGAGAAAGAACACUAUCCACAUUCAGAGGAAACACUGUGGGAGUAGAAACACCGAAGAAAAACAACUGCUUGAUCACAUGGGUUGAGGGGGAUACGAUUGGGGAUGUAGACUCUGAAUGAACAUCCCAGUGCAAACACCAACAACAUGGAAAUAGAUUCUGAUCAAAGACACAUGUAAUACCCAGUGGAAUUGGGCGUGGGCUGUGGGAAGGGUGGGGGGAGAGGAGGGAGGGAAAUAAUGUGAGUAUUGUAACAAAAAAAAUUAAAUUAAAUUAAAAUGUAAAAAAAAAGAGAGAGAGAGAGAGAGAGGUGGGGACUUUAUGUCAAGUGUGCCUGGGGGAUUUGCUGCUUCAAAAUCUGUCUAUCUUAUUUCUGGAGGUAAAGUGUGGGAAAUCCUGGAGGAAACUGGCAUCUGGAAGAAGCAUGGACCCAGGAGGAGGUACCGAGGCAAAUGAGGGGAAAAGGUAACCACUGGAGGGUUUAGAGCAGUGGUGGACUGCAUAACCAGGGAUGUGGAGGAGCAGUGGCCCUCUGACAGCAGCCAUAAUUGGCAUUGUCAAUUGGCAUUGGAGUGAGGCAUGAUGGGAAAAGGGAAUCUCUGGAGCAGGGCAGAAACCACCUUGAGGGGAGAGUUGAGAAUGGACAGGGUGGAAGUUUUGACUUCAUGAAGAAUAGAGAGAGACCAAGUAAUGCCAGGGUCAGGCCUCGGACAGUAAACAAGGAUCUAGAGGAGACAGAAAGGGAGGAUUGAAAUGAAGGCAGUGGGAGAAGGCCGCCAAAGCUUGAAAGAACUCCUUAAUGGGGAGGAGAAGAAGGGGAAAAUCUAUUCAAGUGAGAGGGGAAAAGCAGGGGUGGGGGAUUAAGUAACCAAAGAAAAUGGAGAGAUAUAAAGAAACUGAGAAGCAAAACCCCAACGGGAAAGGGCUACCCAAGGAGAGGAGUGAAUCAGGGCAGGGGUAGAGAGCCAAUGGGAAUGGAAACACCAACUGUAAAGAAGGUGAAGGUAGGGGGCAGCUGGGUAGCUCAGUGGAUUGAGAACCAGGCCCAGAGAGAGUGAGGUCCUAGGUUCAAAUCUGGCCUCAGACACUUCCCAGCUGUGUGAUCCUGGGCAAGUCACUUGACCCCCAUUGCCUAGUGUUACAAGGGAAUCACUUUAAAAGACUGAUAUAUAUUAAUUUAAGGUCGCUAAGGAAUUCAGCUAUGUAAUUCCUAAAUGAAAACUCAAGUUUGCAGUCAAUCUUUUAUGGAGUUUAAUUACAAUAGGAGGAAGAAAGGAAUUAGAGAUAGAGAGAGAGAAAAAAGGGAGAGAAAGGAAUAGGGCUUAAAUAUCCCUUCUGUUUAGGCUGGGCCAAAAGGCCCAAGCCCUUAGAUAGCUGGGGCAAAGAAAGGAGAUCAGUCCCUAUUACUCACGUGACCAAAAUGGAGAAACAGUCUCAGAGGCCCCCACCUUCAGCUUCCUUCAGAGCAAGCUUCUCCGAGUACACUGCCACCACUCCGAUCAACUCCUCCACCACCCCCGAGUCUCCAGACCCCCCUGAUCUUUAAGGAAACCAUCCAAGUUGCCUCCCCUCAGUUCUCACAUCUACCAAUCACUGUCCAUCAAUUUCCCUGUGCCAAUGGAGGCUCUAGCUUAACCCAGGACCGCCCAGAGGCUUUGCACAUGUCUGUUGAAGGUCAUAUUUUCAAAUGAUUAAAUCUUUACUCCUUUGCUACAGCCCUUUCUAAAUCCUGUUAACCUGAGUAGGGUAGAGAUUGGAAUAAUUAAAUUUUGAUCUAGGCUGCAGCCCUUACUCAAUCCUGUUAGGACUGAAUAGGGUGGAGAUUUAUUCCAAGUAUCUCCAUUGUAUCAAUUCUAAAAUCAAUCAUGACUCAAAGAAAUUCCUGUUCUAUGCUUAAGCAUAGGUCAAAGCCCUUUCCAUUGUUCUGCAAAGGGUUUCUGUCCUAAAGUAAUCUUAAGAAGAGAAGAGAAGGAACCUCCCAUGCCAAUGGGGUUCCCAUUCCAAUAGACUAUCAGUAAGAAACUUUCCAAGUAUGAAAUAUCCCAAUGGUGAAAUUUCCAACAUUUAUAAGUCUAAGGAAUUUUGAGGUUUACACUAGCCCUUACCACUCUUCUGCCUUGGGAAUCAAUAUACGGUAUUCAUUCUAAAAUGAAAGAUAAGAGUUUAAAAAAUAAAAGAAGGUGAAGGUAAAGUGAAGGAAGGAACCUAGUACUGAGGGGAGGGGGCAGGAGGACUCAUAGCUUGAAAAAAUAAUACUGGAGACAGAUUAGGAAAAUAUGAACCUAACUCAUAGCUUUAAAAGGGAAUGGAUUAAGCCAUCCAUUGCGGGGGGGGGGGGGGUAGCUGUGAGUCAAAGGAUUCAGAAAAGCAGGAGUUGCCAUAGUGAAAACAACAUUCAAAAACUAAAAAGGGUUAAACAAGGAAACUGCUGAAAGGAACCACAGACAAUGAGCCAAUAUGGGCAAUAUCGGUUAUACAUUUAGUUCUUGGCAUCCAACUCAUAAAGGAAACAUGACCCGAGCUACAGGACGUAGACGGUAACACGCUGAUCACAGCAGCAGCAUUCACUCUCUCUAAGUUUUGGCUAUGGAGCAGAAAGAGAAACAAAAGAGAAAACGCAGAACUGAACACAUUGCUGAAAAACCCACCUAGUCGAAAGACUGAUGGCGCCUUCUGAAAAGGACUACCAAAGAAUGUACAUAUUUCUCAGCACCAUCUAGAUUUUUACAGACAUGCGUCCCAGAGAGACCGCAAACAGAUGCAGACAGGUAAAAGUAGUCGAUGCAUCCUCAUAGAUCAUAAUGCAGUCCCGACAGUUAUUGAUUCAGGGACCACAAAGAAAACAUACAGACUGCAAUGGAGACUUCAAAACUAAAUCCUAAAGAAUGAGUGGACCAAAACCAAAUCAUAGUAAUAGGCAAGAACUAUGUAAAGAAAAAUGAUGCUGAAAUUACAUAUGGAAAUUUCUGCAAUACAGCUAACAUAGUCCUCAGAGGAAAAAUCAUGUUCUUACAAACAUAUUAACAGAAUGGAACAAGAGAAGAUUCAUGAGCGAUGUAGAUUUUCGGAAGGUAGAAGGUCAGUGAAUAAACAAAGCUAAAAGUAGCACAAAAGAGGAGAUAUUAAACACUAGAAAGGGCUACAAUGAAUAUUUUUGUACAAAUAGGUCCCCCACUUUUUAGUCUCUUUGGGAUGCAGACCUAGUAAUGGCAUUCAUGGGUCAAAAGGUAUACUCAGUUUUAGGGUCUGUUGAGCACAGCUCCAAAGUGCUCUCCAGAAUGACUGGAUCAGAUCACAGCUCCACCAACAGUGUAUUAGCAUCCUGAUUUUUGCACAUCUCCUCCAUCAUUUAACAUUUUCCCUUUUCUGUCAUUAGCUAUGAAUUUUAGAUUUACUUCACCCAGCUUAGUCUAACAAAAUCAGGAAUGUCUACACCCCUACUUAAGGAUUAAGAAUUGAGAAGGGAGGCCUGUGACAGACAUGUGCUAGCAAAUGACAAAUCAGAAACAACUGACAGACCCCUGGGCUGUCCUAAGUCAAGCUUAAGCUACCAUUGGUGCAUGUGAGAUGCAGGAAGUGAUGUAAAGAACUGCCUAUAUAUUUUGCAUCCCUUCCUCUCUCUGGGCUCUUUUUGUGGAGAGGUGGCUCUGGCUCCUUUUUGCAGUGGAGAUGUGGUUGGUGGCAGUGUGCUGGGUGUCUUGUCAUGCCUGUAGCUUUUGUUCAGGUUUGGCUUGUGGCAGCGUUUUGGCGUCUUGGUGUCUUGGUGUGGGUCAACUAAGGGGUCUUCCCUGAGCUCUCUCUGAGUUUAGGCUGAUUCCUUUUUUUCCUUUACCUUUCCUAAAAACGCCAUCCUCCUCGGAGGCUCCUCAUCUUGGAGGAGGCCUUGUGGCUGAGGUCUCUGAACUCCCCUUGGCUCAGGCUAGGCCGAAGAAAUCCUAUACCCCCCCCUCCCUCUCCCUCUCUCUCUCUCUCUCUCUCUCUCUCUCUCUCUCUCUCUCUCUCUCUCUUUCUCUCUCUCUCUCUCUCUUCUCCUUAAUUCCUUCCCUCUAUAUUAAUUAAACCACCAUAAAAUUCCAAACUGACUUGAGUAUUUUAUGGGGUUUGAAUUAAUCCCUGGCGACCAUAAGGAUAACACAUUUGCCCCUCACAUAGCCAGCUGGAUAGGGGUGAGAUGGGACCCAGAAUUGCCUUAUUUUGCGUUUCUCCAGUCAAGAGCAUGUUUUAAUGCGGUCAUAGAUGGCUUCAAUUUCUUCAUCUGUAAAUGUCAGCCGUUUGGCGGCUGCAGGACACCUUCUCUUCUUUAUGCGAAGUGGGCUUUGUUCUCUCCGUUUGCGACAUGAGCCCUUGCUCAGGGGUCCUUGCUUGGGCAUUCUCUUUCCCUUCUAGCCUUGGUGGCGCUGGUUUGGUUCAUACAAAGCCUCUUCAAUGGACUGUAAGCGAAAGGGCCCAUCUCCAAGCUCACCGCCGUCUCCCGACAGCACAGCCGGCAGACUAUUCUGUGCCCCUGCCCGUUUGUGUCCGUCAUCCGCCCCCAUAGGCCGAGCCCUGGUAAACAUUGGGUGAACCCUGGGGGUCUUGGCCAUCCUGUUUUCCAGUUUCUGUCCAGCUCUGGGGAGUUCUCAUCCCCAAAGCCUGGGUCUUGGGAUUGGUCCAAGCGGACACAGCGCAGUUCGGAGCACCUAAUCUAGCCUCGGAGGCCCCAGCCUAUGUCUUAGCCGGCGGCAGAUCAGCCCCAUGACUGCCUUUCCACGCGCUCUGCCAGCGGGCCCUCCGCGGCCACUUCCUUCAUGGCCCCCCCAUCCCUGUGAGGGUCUUGAGCUCUUGUUCCUCCAGGGAGUUCUGCUGCGCUUCUUCUAGCCCUAGAAAGCCCGCGAGCGAGCGGGGCUGGGAUGGUCCCUCUUCCGCCAGGAGCCAUGAAGGGCUGGCGGCUGCUCAGAUGUGACGUCAUGUGUGUGGAAAGGGUUUUGCCACGCAGCCGCGGGUCCCGGCAGACGGCCAGCCGGGGCCUUCCUAGGGCCGGGUCUCCCGUGCGCCCCAGAGGCAUCUCUUUUUCCUCUCUUGCUGCCUGGCUGGUGGCGGCCUAGACAAACGCUGGGGCUUCUUGCUAACGCUGCUCAGUGUCCAGCUCAUUUCCUGGCGGCUCCUCAGGGUGCGCGGCACGUCCUCUGCAGAGAGGGGUGAUUCGGGGUCGCUGUCGUUCCUUCUUCUGCCACUGCUCUGGUGGGCAUUCCCGGAAGGCCUCCAGCUGAGCCUCAUCAGAGAUUUAAAAAUGAGCUUUUUCAACAAGAACACGCGCACAUAGUGGAAGCGCCAGGACUGCCUCCCGCUGGUCCGCGGGGUCCUCAGAGCUCAGGGGCUUCCAGGGCCUCGGAAGCCUGGGCAGCCUCGGCCGUCUCCCUCUGUGGGGGAGCCUCUGGCUUGUCUGUGCUUCCUUUGUGGUCCCGCCCAGUGCCCAGCAUCCAGAGGCUGCCUCAUGUUUGCAGCCGGACGUGGUGGUUCUCUUUGACUCGUGGCCCCCAGCCGCCUCGAUCUUUCCCCACAAGCCUCGGUGGACGAAGCCGCGGCUUCAGGACGGCUGAGCGACCCAUCGGGAACGUGCACGCCUUCCCCAGCUGCCCCCGGAAGCCAAGCUGGGGCCCUCAGCCCUUCAGGCCCCGCCAGCUGUCCGGGCUGCCCCUCUGUCUCCUUUCGCCCACCGUUCCUUUGGCUUCCUCCUUGGUUGCAGAUGGCACCACGCGCCUCCUCUUGCACCCUUUGGUGCCCUGGCGAAUGCUGCCACUAGAAGGGCGCUUCUGAACUCGGUCCCUGGCCUGGGAGCCUUCCGGCCGCCCCAAUGCCGGGCACCCUUGAAGGGUCAUCCGGCCAAUGGACGCCUGGGUUUGACCCAGUGACUGGAGGCCUGGCUGGGGCUCUCCUCCAGGGGCUCCCUGGCGCCACCUCGAACCCAAGCACUGGGAGGGCCGGCAUUCUGCCCCAGCUCCCCUGGCAGGGCAAAGCCCCAGGCUCCAGAGACCCCACAGACUGCCCCGGCCGAGCCCCCAGCUUGCAAGGCCCAGAGAGGGCACGUCCUCACUCGAGGGCCCAGAAACACCACUGGUCCACGGCACAGAGAGCGCCCCGAGCUGGCUGGGAGGAGAAUGUCAAGCCCAAAUACUUAUGAGGCCCCCUCCGAGCCGCAAAGGGCCAGAAAGGCCAUGGCUCAGCCGGCCUGGGGCUCAGGUUGCUGCCCCGUUAGGGUGCUCCUGGCUGGGGCAGCCCCAAGAUUCCAGCUCGCUUCUCAGGCUGCGGGUGGUGCUUUGGCUCCUCCUCUCGGUCAGAGAGCCUCGGGGAGACAGUGUCGGGGCAGGAGGCACCCCGGCCCUCCCCCCACUUGCUGACUCUCUCCGCCCCCCAGAAGAAACUGGCGCCCAGGAUUCCGUCAGCACCGCGGACAGCGCAGCGGCCUCCCAGGAGUCCUUCAACCCAUCUCUGUCGCUCCUCGGACCCUUGCCUGUAAGGGCGAGGGAAGAUGCGACAGCAGAGAAAGCCCGGAGGCCCCCCAGCUGCUGGGAGGAGGAGAGCCUUUAGUUCAGGCUGGCAGACAUCCGGGGCUCUGAGGGCUCCGCCUGCAGGGACAGCCUAAUCGCAAUGAGGGCUUUACUAUAGCAAGAAUAAAGGCGGCGAAGCUACACCCACUCUGACACUGACCCAGGGCUGCCUGGGCACUGAGGGCGGACUGCUCCUGAGCACCCCGGGUAAGCUGGGCCAAGGGGGCCACACGGAUUUCCCCCGAGCGUCCUGGGAGGGGUUCCCCGGGGCCCCCGCUUGGCCCUGACGCUCCCUUCGGAACAACCGCGGGACCGAGACGACCGAGGCAGGAGCCUCCCUGCGCCCAGGCACCAGGUGGCGCUGACGGACCACGGCCCGGGCCAAGCUCCUGGGCUCCCGACUGACUCCGAUUCCUCGGCUGUAGCCCGAGUUACGCAGGGCUGGGGUGGGGAGUCCGACGAGAGCCUGCACAACGCCCUGCGACUCUGAGGACCCUCGAAAACUGCCGCAGCCGCCCUGGCAGGGCAUUUCCUCCGCUGUUGCAGAUCGCGAGCGGAUUGCUGCGGCGGCGGCGGCUGACAGGGGAAACUGAGGCCUAGGGAGGAAGAGGCGCCUAGGCCAGGAGGGAAGCCGCUGAGCUCCAGAGGCUCGAACCCUCCCAAGGAUCCUCGGGUCCCGCCUCCGCAUCGCUAGUCCGGCAGCGGGGAGGUGCGUUCGGAGCUCAGGCCCAUAGGCUGCCAGGCUGUCUGCGGCCCCGCCCCCGUUGCGCGAGCGCAGAACCGACCAAGUUUGCUCCCGCCCUGAUGCGCAGACGCGGAACUAGGCCGACUUGCUCCUGGCCUCGCCUCUUCCCUCCCCGCCUCAGACGCACUGACGCAAAGCCGGCCCGAGCGCCCUCCCAGCUGGUGCGCAGGCGCGACGCAGCCGCAUCCGUGCCCCGGAAGCAGUGUGGCGCGUUUGGCAUUGGGGGAGCACGUGGGCUAUUCGGGAGCUUGUCGCGGCAUGGCGGGGACGCGGAGCUCGCGGAGCACGCGGGGGUCGCGAGCGGCGGCGGCGGCGGCGGCAGCGGUAGAGGCCGUGCUGGAGCCCGCCGAGUCGGUGGAGGUGGCGGAGGAAACGACGGAGACGGCGAUGGCGGUGGAAGCGGCCGGAACUGAGGAGCCCGAGUCGGGGCCGGGGCCUCUGCUGCAGCAGAGCCGGGACUUCUUGGACCUCUUCUGGGGCAUCGCGAAGCCGGCCCAGGAAGAGCGUCUGGCGGCCACCGCAGCCCUGGUGGGGCGGCUGCGGGAGCGGCCCCAGGAGGCCGAGCUGCAGUACGCUCUGAAGCGGCUCAUCGAAGGUCUGGGGGCCACGCGGGAGGCGGCGCGGCCGGGCUUCAGCCUGGCCCUGAGCCAGGUGCUCCAGGCCCUGGACCACGUGCCCCUGCGGAGGGUGUGGGAGCAAGUCAAGGAGAAGCACGACCUCCAGAAGAAGAAGCUCCUGCGCAGCGCCGCCUUCGGGAACUUCUUUGGGGUCCUGGCUCUGUUCCAGUCUGGACGCCUGGUGAAGGACCCCAAGGUGCUAGUGGAGGCUGUCCAGCUCCUGCAGAGCCUGGCCCAACACCGCAACCACCUGCAGGACCUGCCCCGCCGGACGCUGGUGGACAUCCUCUCCGAGAUUCCGGAGCCCGUGUUUGAGGAGGUGCUAUUGGGCGUCCUCCAGGACGACUUCGCCUCGGCCUUCAGCACCCCUGAGCAGCUCCAGCUCCUGCUUGUGGGGCUCCAGAAGUUCCCGGGUGUCCUGCAGCCCAAGAAGCUGAAGAAGCUGCUGGGCUCCCCUGCCGUGGUCACCAAGGAGACCGUGCCCAGGCUGGUGGAAGUCUUAAACGUGGCAGCCAAGUCUGUGAAGAAGGAGAAGGUGCUGCCGCCCGUGGCCCUGGAGCUGCUGCGUGUGGCCCUGCAGGAGGGCGCCUUCGAGCUCUUCUGGAAGGAGGUGGUGGAGAAGGGGCUUCUGCAGGAGCACUCCGGGCCCGGCAGUUACACAGCCUUCCGCCUGCUGGGCACUGCCCUGCCCCUGCUGAACCUGGAGCAGCUGCGUGUGGUCCUUCGGGGAGAGGUGAUGCGUCGCUAUGGCGACCACGUGCUCUCGGCUCAGCUCCCCUCGAGGUUCAAGUUCGCCCCGGAGAUGGAGAAGUACGUGGACUCCUUCCUGGAGGGCUGUGCGGACCCCGAGAAGCAGCUGGCCGUGCUGGUGGCCUUCUCGUCCCUCACCAACCAGGGCUACCCUGUGGUGCCCAGCGUGUGGCCGGUGGUGAGACACCUGGGGCCCGAGGCCCUGCGCCGCUAUAGCAGCUGGCUGCAGGACAUGUUUCUCCGGCCCAACCUUGGCAGCUGCCUCGAUUUCAGCACCAGCCGGCAAAAGAAGAAUGCGGCAGAGGACGAGGACGGGCACGUGCCAACGACCGAAAAGUCCGUGUUCCGCCUGCGCAAGUGGCUCAUCCAGAGACUGACCAGCAUCGUGGAGAACCCCCAGGUGGUGAAGGACGAGGCCUUCGUCCUGGGCAUAACCAGGUUCUGUUUUUUCCACUCGUUCUUCGAGACCAAGAAGCCCUGCAAGGACCUCCCCGAGUCAGAGCAGCCUCUCUCGGUGCCGCUGGACGGGGAGACCCGAGACGCCGCGGGCAGCUCCUUCUUCAGUUUGCUGCAGACCCUGAACGUCCUGCCCUUGUUGGAAGAAGCCCCCAAGACGGCCGCCAGCCUGCCCAAGGGGAAGCUGGGCCACGGCGCCAUGGCGGACGGCCGGCUCUGGACGCACUGCCUCGUGCGCUACGCGGACUUCCUGCUGUCCCGUGGCAAGAACGUGCGGCCCGUGAAGGCCUUCAGCGCCGAGGAGAAGGCGGCCUGGGAUCGGAUGUUGCAGUCCGUGGAUCGCCUGCAACAGCGCGCCAAGGACACCCGCGUGGCCGAGAUCACGGCCUUCCAGCAGCUCCUGCUCCUGGUGGGCCUCCACCUGUUCAAGGCUCCUGCCGAGUGUGUCGACCUGUUGAGUGACUUGCAGAGCUGCAUCGAGAAAGCCCUGGACAAGAAGGCCAAGAAGCCCGCCGCAGGUGCUGAGGAGCCCCACUGGGUCGAGGUGUUGGUGGAGAUCCUGCUGGCCCUGCUGGCCCAGCCCAGCCGCCUCCUGCGCCACGUGUCGCGCAGCGUGUUUGCCCGCGUCUGCCCGCACCUGAACCGGCGCGCCCUGCAGCUCAUCCUGGACGUGUUGGACCCGGACCAGGAGGCCGCGGCAGUGGAGGUCACCGAGGAGUCUGACAAGAGACAGAAGCCGGCCUCGGCCGGGGAGGACGAGAGCGAGGAGGACCCCGACGACGAGUCCGGCCCGGACGACGGUCCCGAGAGCGAGGAGGACGCAGACAGCUCCGAGGAGGACCCGGAGGAGGUGGACAGCGGCUUCCGGCAGCAGCUGAUGACCCUGCUUCAGGCGGGGAAGGUGCCGGACGCGGAGGGUGGGAGCAGCGAGGAGGAGAUGGACGACGACGCCAUGCUGGCCCUGGACGCCCGCCUGGCCGGCCUGUUUGCGGAGCAGAAGCUGCGGGUUCGAGCCAAGAAGCUGGAGAAGGAGAAGCUGCAGAAGGAGAAGAGCCUGAGGCGGGACUUCAAGAUCAAGGUGCUGGACCUGGUGGAGACUUUCCUGGUCAAGCAGCCGGACAGCCCGCUGGUGCUGGAGCUGGUGGAGCCGCUGCUGACCGUCAUCGAGCGCAGCAUGAGCGGGGACGCGGCCAAGCAGGAGCAGGACUUCCUGCGCAAGACGGCUGCCAUCUUCACGAACCAGCUGUGCCGGGCCAAGCAGUACUGCCACAGCGCGGCGGCGCAGGCCCAGGAGCUCCACGGCCUGCUCGAGCGCCUGGUGCACAGGGCGGGGCGCCAGGCCGACUCCUCCGUCGCCCUCUACCACUUCAGUGCCUCCCUCUACCUGCUCCGCGUCCUGAGGGGCAACGUUGCCGCGCCGCCGCCAGCCGCCCCGUCCCCAAGAAAGCAGAGGAAAGCCGGGGCCCCCCCGCCUGUGCCCGCCGAGGUGAGCCCCCCACCCCAGGAGGCAGAGGCGCCCCCCGGCCCCCAUGAAGCCCCCUGCAGCACGUCUUCUGCCCCCCUGCAGGGCUCCGGCUGCCUGGACCUGGCCCGGGUGACGCAGCUGUACAGCGAGGCGCUGACCGGUUUCCUGUCCAAGCGGAAGAGCCCCCUCACGGCCACCAUGUUCGUGGACCUCUUCACCCGCCACCCCACGCUGUGCCAGCGGCUCGUCCCCGUCGUCCUCCCGUUUGUCACAGCCGGAGUCCGGCCUUACCACCAGGCCCAGGCGUGUGUGAUGCUGCUGAAGGCCCUGCAGCUCCGGGAGCUAAAGCAGGCACUGGGGGCCCCCGGCUGGCAGGAGCUCAUCGGAGACGCCAUCGAGCGCGUCACUGAGAGCCUGAAGGCGAGCAGUCAGGCUGGGAACAAGAGCGGCCACCUGCGGACGUUCAAGGCCCUGGAGCUGCUGCUCUUCCUCCUCCGCACUGUGAAGGACGAGAAGCUGCCUGUCGGCCUGGAGGCCCCCCUGGCCGUGCUGCAGGAGCUGAGGCAGAGCGGUGCCCUGGGGGCCACCGGCCGCCUCUCCGACCUCACGUGGCAGGCCCUGAAGCUGCUGGGCGUCCAGCGCCCCAAGGAGGACAAGGUCCGGCCCCCGAAGAACAAGGAGGACGCUGCGGCCCCCGAGGGCCCGGGCAGCCGCAAACGCAAGAAGGGCUUCCUCCCAGAGACCAAGAAGCGCAGGAAGAGGCGCCAGGAGGAGGGGCCAGCUGAGGCCCCUGGGGGUGGCCAGGAGCCCCCCUCGGCAGAGGGAAGCCGCGGAGGGAAGAGGCGGAGGAAGAGGAGGAAGAGGCCGAAGCAGCAUCCGGCACUCCCUGGGCCUGGGGUGAAUGGCACCCCCAAGAGCCCACAGCCACCCUCGGGGCCUCCGGGCCUGGACAGCAGCCAGGGCGAGGCUCCCGCCUCCCCUGGACCCAAAAGGAAACACCAGGCCGGCAAGAGGAAGGACAGCCCAGACGCCGCCCCACUGGUGAAAAGGGCCAAACUGCCCACCGCCGGCGGGAAAGGCGGCCCCAAGGCCCGGCUGAGGAAGAAACCGAAGCCAGGCUCCGAGGGGAGCAGCGAGUGAGCGGGCAGGGCCAGGGUGCCACACUGGCAUUCUGAGGACUCGAGACCUUUUUUUACCCCCAAUCCAAUAAAGGGCAUCUUUGCAGGCCUCCCUCCCCACCCCCGCACGGUCGGGGGCAGAGCCGAGGGAGCCACCACUGA